AUGGAAAUUUAUAACUUAAACUAUAGCAACCAGAUAAUCUUUUUCGGAGUUAAUUUAUCAAGUGUUUGUUUUUUCGUAAUACAAAAAAAAUUGCAAAAAAUUGAAUAAAUUAAAUCCUAAAUAGAUCAUCUUAGAAUAUAAUUAGCAAAGGGUUAGUAAAGUAAAAGGAAUAUCAAAUAAUUCUUCUCUUGCCCUUAAUUAGAAUUUGUAGGCGAGUAAAGAAGAAGCAAAGCAGUGAACUUAAGUUUUUCUAACCACGAUUAAGAUACAGGCUACUUUAAUCAUUUAAGGAAUCAAGAUGCAUCAUACAUUUCAUAAGGAUUUUUAGGAAAAGAGACUUUAAUAUAUUUAACGAGUAGGCCAACAUCAUCAAACAAGCAAAUUAUGGGUAAAGAUUAAAUAUCUGAUUCUAUAUAAGAAUUAACUGAGAAGCAUCUGAGCGAUAAAUAAAAACAAAUUAAUUAAGCAGAUAUAAUUUCAUUUUCAGACAAUCAAACCAAUAACAACUCUUUUUAAAAAAACAAAAUGGCAUCACUUUUUUAACAAAAGAAAAGGUAAGAAGAAGAUAGCAAAAAUUAAUUGGGAAGUAAUGAAAAUUAAACAGGGAUUUAUGAAAACCCUUUGAAUAAUUAAAGAAAAUUAAUGCAAAGUAGUUAUUAAGCUGAGUAAAAUGAAGAUAAUUUUUAUGAUAAAAGGAUAUCAAUAAAUUAUCAUUUGAACAAUAAUAAAAUUAAUGCAUAAAAAAAAUAAAAUUUAGCUUCAUAAUAAAAUGAUCUGAUGAACUCUUAAGAAAUCCUUAAACGUAGAUUUCCAAGCAUCUUUUAUAAAAAAUGUAAAUCGAUGGAUAAUUAGAUCUAAAAAUAGAAUAAGCUUAAUGACCUUUAUAAGAUCGAAUAGGUUAACGAAGAAUAAUCCUACACUGAAAUUAACAGCUAAACAAAAGAAAAUUUAAAAACCAACAUCUAUAAAUCAAUUAAAGAGAGCGAAUAUGCUUCAAACCUAAAUCUAAAUCUUAAAAACAUUCCAAAUCUCUAUCAAGUCUUUUUUAAUUUUUUUCCAGAGGGAAUAAUUUUUAUGGACUCUGAAAUGAACAUAGUUUAUAACAACAAAUCAAGUCUUUUGCUAUUAGAUUGCACAGAUAACGCUUAGCUGAAAGAAACUAUAUCUAAUUUACCAAAUCUCAAAUCUGAAAUAAAUUAGACUUAUUUUGGAUCUGCAGAAAACACACACUAAGAAACAACUAAAAAUAAAGCAAGUUUUGAAUCUUUUAAAAAUCUAACGUUAGCAAGUGCCCUGCAGAUGCACGAAUAAAAUAAUUUUAAUAAUUAAUACUCAAUGAAUUACUAAAGUACAAAUGCUUUAGACCGAAGUAACUUUUCUCACUAGAUACCGACUAUCAACACUGAAGAAUCCACAAAAAAAAAUUAUAAAAAAACUUCUAAUAUGCAUAACCUAUAAAUAAACCACUAAAAGAUAGUUUAAUUCAAUGAAAAUAGCUCAUAUUAAAGCAAUAAGAUAGACAAAAGUAGCAAUCAGCAAUAUUUACUUUAUGAAAUUCAAAAAAACCUUUUAAAAACUUAGUAAUUCAUAAAUUAAAACCACUUUGAUAAUAUAGAAACAAAUAUGAUUUUGAAUGAAACAAUAAUUGUUCGUUCCAAGCUCAAGAAAGUAAAUACAAGCACUCCUAGAUCUACUACCUAGAAUCAAAGCAAUUCUUUUGGUUUAAUUUAGCACCAAGCAAAUUUAAACUAGAAUAACUCUAUAGCUUCUAUAAAAAACCAAAGUUUAAAUAAUAAUAACAAUAGUAAUAAUACUAAUAAUAUCAAUAAUAUGAAUCUUAAAAAUCCUAACAAUUUAUACCCAGUUAAUAACAGCUCUCCUGUUAUAACGACAAGCAAUCACUAUCAUAUUUAGAAAGAGAGGACAAACAGCAUCCAAAUUGGACCUAUUUAGAGUAGUAUAUACACUAGUACUUUUAGUAAUAUGCCUAGUAAUAAUAAUAAUAACUUAAAUCCUACAAGCCCCAUAUCUUUUUAAAUAAAUUCUAAUCAACAAUAUUAAUCAUAAAAUAAUCACCAAAUAAGCAACAAUCUGACGAAUAGCUACAACAUUAUUUAGAAUAAUAUGAAUCAAAAUUAAUAAACCAAUUUGACUUAGCAAUCAUUGGCUUCUCCUCAUAAGCUUUAGAAUCAGGCUGGCAAAUAAAAUUGUAAUUAAAAUUAACAUUCUGUUGUUGGUUAUUAUAAUAUUUAUAACCCAAGUUUUAUGAACUUUUAGAUUUCUUAAUAAUGUAUUGAUAAAGGUAACAACUCAGCUAAUUAAGAAACUAAUCUUUCUUCUGAGCAGAGAGAUUUUGACAUAAGUCUUUUCCCAUCCAUCAUAGAAGGGAAAGCAAUGAUAUUAUUAAUGGUGAGAGAUGUGACUCAUAGAAAAUAUAUAUAACAUCUGAAAUUAGCUAAUCUUCAAAAGCAAUAAAUAGUCUCCUACCUUUCACACGAAUUGAGAAAUCCACUAAACUGUAUUAUAAAUAUUCUAGACACAAUUGAUUAUGAUAUUUAAGCUUUAAAAAAAGUGUAGCAGAAAUAAGUAGAUAUAGUUGAAAUUUAAAACAACAUCGCAACAGCUUUGCAAAACUCAAAAUAUAUACUUAAUUUAUCAAAUGAUUACCUUGAUAUGGCUAGGAUUAAAGCUGAUUAAUUUAAACUUAACAUUUAACCUUUCAAUCUUUUGAAUUUGUUAAACGAUUGUAUUAAGAUGUUUAACAUUCAAGCAUACAAACUAAAUACAGAAAUCAUAUUAAGAAAUAGAUUUAUUCAAAACUCUUUCUACAUUGAUUAGAGCAAUCAAUUUAAAAAUAUCAUUUACAGCGAUCAAGAGCGUAUCAAAUAAGUAAUUAUUAACUUGAUAUCCAACGCAUUAAAAUUCACGCACAAUGGACGAAUUUUCAUAUAAUCAGAAUAUAAUUCUUUAAAUUCCAUUCAAGUUUCGAUAAAAGACACAGGAAUUGGAAUAGAAAAAAGUAAACUUAAACAACUGUUUAAGGCAUUUGGCAAAAUAGAUGACGAAGAAACAUAAAAUUAUAAUCAGUAAGGAGUUGGAUUAGGACUCUUAAUUUCGAACAUGCUAAGCAUAUAAUUAGCUAAACCUCCAACAAAUGAAAAUAUGAGUUCUCAAAUAAACCAAAAUAUCAAUUCUAAUAGCAUCAUGAAUAUAAAUCAAAGUAAUUAAAGUAUUCAGUAGAAUAAUAAGUAGGAUAAAGGAUUGAAGGUUGAAAGCGAAAAGGGAAUAGGCUCAACUUUCACUCUCACAAUCACUGAUCAUAAUCCUUCCUUUAGGCACAAUAAAAUAAAAGUAAUAUAAUAGAUUGCUGAAACACAAGAAUCAUCUGCACUACUUUCUCAGUCAUUAUAUGAAGGCCAUUUACCCAAAAAAUAAAAAUUAGAAGCCGAUUAAAACAAUGUAAAAAAAUUAAAAUCAAAUUUCCCAAAUCUCUCUUGCAGUGUUAACAAAAAUCUUUUUAAAGAAGGCAAUAGAUCUGCAGAUAAGAUAAAAUCACAUAAAUUAUUAGAUACAAAAGGUGAAUUCAAUAGGGCUCAUACAUCAGGUUCUUAAGAAUACAAGAGUUACUGCUCAAUGACAUACAUUUCUUUAACUGAAUUGCAAGAAAAUCCUAAUUAAAAUAAGCAAAAAGUAAAGUAAAAUAAUAGCUUUUCAAUUUAAAUAUAGCAUCCAUUAAAUCAAGAUAAUAAAAAUAAGCUAGAAAAAUCAAAUUAAUAGAUGUUUAAUCCAAUAGCCUCUAUUCUAAACAAAGAAAUUACAAGUUCUUUACAAAUUUAUCAUAAUACAACAUUGACUAAAUAAAAUUCUCUAGCAAACACCGUUAAGAAGGGUCCAGAAAUAAAAAAUAAAUUUAUAGAAGCAAGCAUAAACGAUAUGGUAAAUUCUAAAUAUAACUAAGAUUCCAACUCUAUAGCAAGUAGAAAUUAUAAACUCUAAAGGGAAUUGCCUUCUCCAAUUUCUCCUUUAAAAAAUAAUUACCAAACAAUGAUAACUUCUUAAUAUGGGAAACAAGUUUUCACUUUUUAAGCUGAGCAAAUCUAGCAGCGAAAUGAGUAAAUUCUUAUUGUAGAUGAUAAUGUGUUUUGUUGUGAGGCUUUAAAAAAUAUAAUUGAGAAAAGGUUUGGAAUUAGCUGCAUGAUUUGUUAUUCAGCUACAAAAGCAAUAGAAAUAGUAAAGUAAAGAUUUACGAGUUGUUAAUAACCUAAAAAACAAAUGUAACCAGAACAAUAUCUUUUCGACUCUAUAAAAAUGCCAGAUUAAUAACAACAAAAAUCAAUGAGUAAAUUGCAAGAAAAUAUUUAUAAAGAAUAUCAACAAUAAAAUUAGUUAAACAUGGAUGAAGACGACUAACAAAAUGUUUAAAUUAGUCAAAAUAGAUUUUUUAAAUUCAUUUUCUUAGAUAUAAAUAUGCCUGAUGUUAGUGGAUUUGAAGGAUUGUAUCAGAUAAAAAGUUUUUUGAAUUAAGUUUAUCCUAAUUUCUCAAAUAUGUGUCAAAUUAUAGGAUGUUCAGGAAUCGAUGAAAAUUUUUUAAUUGAUUAAAACUACACAAACAAUAAUCCCUUAGCGUAAUUCGAUUACUUCCUUAUAAAACCUGUCUUAAAAGAAAAGCUUAUAGAAUUCUUUGCAGCCUAUAAAAUAGACAUUAUUAGUUGA